CAUUCUGUCCUCCAUGCCUCUGCUGCAGUGGCUCUCCCUCCCCGCUCAUUCCUCCCUGUGCCGGCUAGGGAGACACAUACCGCCUGCUGCCUGCUGCCUUUCUGCCUGAGCUCCAGGCUCUGCUGUCCUCGCCGCUCCCUCCCCCCACAUGCAGCUCUCCGUAAGGGGCAACGCUGACAUCCCCCGACUGCCUCCACAGCUCCAUUGCUCUGCGGUGCAGAUGCUCGCUCUCUCUGAGUGAGUUUUUUUUCCUCUCCUCUGCUUGCUCUAGCUCUCAGGCUGAGGGAUUCAGCAGAUAAUCAGUGUGUCGGCGAGUGAGAGUGAGUGACUGAAGCAAAGAGAGAGAGAGAGCCUGGAUCAGGUGCAGGAGCCUUCCCUUCGUCUGUCUCUUUCUGUUACUCUCUCUUUCUGUCUGUCUCCAGCACAUACAGAAGGGUAGACAGGACUCAUAAUCCAGGAAUAAGCCAUCAAUUCACUCUCCUUCUCUGGGACUCACCGCAAAGGAGGGAGAAGAGGAGGGAGACACUCACAGCAGGACUUUGCAGACUGACAAGUCUUGCGUUUUUAUUUCUUUGCUCGCUCUGCGUCCCACCUCACCCUGCCCCUCCCCUCUAUCCCACCCGCACCCCUGUUUGCUCCAGCCAACACACACACACACACCCAGAGUGUGUAUCCAGGGGAGGACUGACAGACAUACAGAUAAACAGACGGACUGACAGAUUGCCAGACGGACCCAGUAGGAUAUGGAGUCCAAAGGAAGCGGCAGGUUCACUAUGUCCAGGUGUUUGCGCUCAGGAGACACCGUCCAUGCAAGUGUUGUCGUCACACUUCUGCUCGGGGUAUGGUGUGCUUCAGCGCUGGAGGUGUCAGUGGGGAAGGUGCCCUUCAUGGAAGCGAUGAACGGCAGCACGGUGCUGUUACCCUGCAUCUACUCCAGCUGCAUCGGCAUCAAGAACCUCUACUUCAACUGGCACUACAACGACAACGGCACCAUGGCGAAGCUGUGUGAGGCGGUGAUCCCUAUAGAAGGUGUGGAACCACGGGUGCAGGUGUACCAGGAGCGGAUAGAGUUUGUGGGCAGCAGCAAGCACAACAACAUCUCCAUCCUGCUGUUCAACGUGACCUUCGAGGACGAGGGCGAGUACACCUGUUUCGCCCGGAACCCCAAGGAGAAGAACCGCAACCAUAGCGCCGUCUUCACCCUGUUCGUGGUGGAUGAACUGAAAGUGGUUGACAAUACCGUAACCACCAUCAUCGUGUCUGUCGUUGGCGGAGUCAUCGGGUUGAUCGUUGUUGUCAUGGUGACAAAGACUGUGGUGCUCCUCAUCCUAAAAAAGUCUGCAGAGAAGAACGCUGGGAUUCGAACCGACAGCUCUUCGGCUACCGCCUCCCCCCUUUGAAACUGUCAUGGAACAUUGUAAAGAGUGCCUUGUGAGCUCAGGACAGGACAACACAGAAAAUGGACUCAGCGCAGCCAAAGCGGACAACAAAGCCACACCAAAGGCAUGAAACAUGUGCACCUAUGUAUAUGUACAUAUAUGUCUGUACAUGUAUAUAUGUACACAUGAAAAUAUAUUGAACAGGCAUAGAAAGAAAGCUAUUAUCAAUGAACUGUUUUAUCUUUAUCUAAUGACAAAAGUAUAACAUAAACCAAUGUGAAAUAGUAUGUCAAAUGUAUAUUUUAAAUUGUGCUAGAGAUUUUGGGGAACAUGAUAACUGAUCAGGGCUGGAUCAGACACUCCAAUGACACACCCUAAAGAUUGUGUUUCCGAUUCUGAGUUUAUUGAGGUAUUUAUCUGAAUUACGCGAAAGCCUACUUUCCGAACAUUUCUGGAAUCAACAUCAAUGUCUCACCAGUUACUCAUUCAUGUACACUAUAUAAAAACAUCUGGUUGACGUUUAUUGGGAUGAAUCUUGUCCUGGGGGCAGAGCUGAACGGUUUCCGCUAGAUUUAAGAUUAGGGUUAGGCAUAAGGUUAACAGUGUGGUUAAGGUUAGGGUUAAGGUUAAGGUUAGGUUUAAAACAGAGGAGGCUGCCGGGUGGAGCUAGAGGAGGAUGGACUCAUUGUAAUGCCUGGAAUGGAAUGGAGUCAAAUGUUGUUUCCAUAUGUUUAAUGUGUUUGACACCUUUCCAUCAUUCCAUUCCAGUCAUUACAAUGAGCCUGUCCUCCUAUAGCUCCUCCCACCAGCCUCCUCUGGUUUAUAAUCAGAUUUUUACUUUGUGGCUAAACCAGCUAGUGACCACCCUGCAUCCAAGACAAGAUUCGUCCCAAUAAACACACACACAGUAACUCACACACUGCCAAGUUCUACGAACUGCCAUAUUGUAUACUCUACAACAGCACAAUAUAUUUUGACCAUCUCUGCAGCUCUUUUGAUUACGAGACAUAUUUAUGGUAGCCUACUGCCCGAUAGAGAUUCUUUGUACUCUUUGUACAGGGGGCAAACAGCUUCCCUCCUUUAACCAUAGUGAACCUUCACAGUCCAUUUUUGACAGAAAGGCAAUGCCUUGAAAGCUGAUCCGGAACUAAUUCCAUACAGUAUCAAUUGUGCCUAUUCAAUAGGAUAUACAGUAACUAAAAGAUCUUCACCACUAUGAUGAACGACUGCUACGGUUACUAAGGUCAAGACUCUUCAUUAGAUCUGCGUACAGAGUACAAAUACUGUCCUUUGGACGGCAACGCAGUGGGCUGGGUUAUGAGCACAAUGUCACUGCGGAGGAAAGGAAUGUGAUAGAGGAGAAGAGGAAGAAGGGAGUCAUUGGAGUGUAUAUUAGAUCCAGGCCGGAACUGGUUUGAUUCAUUUUUGCAUUAGAUGAAACACAGGUGCCUGUACUCACUUCCUGCUCCCUUCGCUUUUAGGGAGCCUUAAAACCGCCAUGAAAAACACACAGAAAAAAAAGAUCCAGACCUAAAGUAAAGACAAUUCCCGCGUAACCCAUUUCCCUGUAGAAAUGAAUGAACAUUUAUGAUGCUGCUUCUAACAAAUAACCAAUGCGUUUUUCUUAGCAUGUGAAUGUUGUUUAUAUAUAUGCGACACGUCCAUACCACAGGAAAGACUGCUCUCUAGUGUUCUGUCAUCACCUGGCCUGCAUGCAUAGUGGAUCUGUAGGCUACUUGCAGUUUCUUCACAUCAUUCAUUCGAUACAAACCCCCAUAGCACUAACAUGUUAAUGUGGCGACUAGCCUAUAACAGGAUAAUGUCCUCCAUCUUCAAUACUGCAAAACAUUGCACCAUUGACUCGGAUGCCAACUACCAAGCUGGCUCAUCAUCGCUACCCCCUUGACCUUGUGUAGCCUACACUGUCCCGUAUUCAAAUCAAUUGCCAUAUGAACCAAAUGUCCCACUACUGGUAUGCAUGAGUUUGAGCUGCAGAAUGUAGCUACUACAAAGGUUCGUUGUCCGUAAUCAAGGCGUUCCUUUAUGACUCCGGCCCCUCAAGACUGAAUGUCAUAUUGCCUCGAUGGGAAACAUGCAAUUCUAAAAGCGAGCAUCUCAAACCAGGCCAAGCCAUAACUCAUCUGUUUAAAUGUAUUUAUCUCAUUUUCAACCUGUUUCUAAAGCAAAUGGGUUACUUGUACAUCCAUAUUUGUUCAAAUUCAGAGGUGCCACUUGAAGUGACGACCACACCUUUAUACGUCUAGGUGUGUGUAAAGCAUCAUUGUAGUCGCAGAGCUAAGACCCAUACAUGAAUGUCCACUUCGUAGGUUUUACUCAUCUGAGAUGGAAAUGUAGUAGGCCCCUCCAUCUCCGUCUCCUCGUCCUGAGACAGUAAAAUGUACAGGGCUUUAGGGAGAGAGUGGUGCUGUAGACUUAGGAAGGGUGUUAAUAGGAACCUUACUCGUGUAGAGUAUCCUUAUGAACAUCCAGACUGUGGUUGAUAUGAGGAGUAGAGAGCGAUGUGCUGGUAGACUUUGCAGGGAAGGUGAUGUUUGCCCCGGUUGAUUAUAACCGUAUUGUGUGUGGCGAUAGAUAGAUAACAAGUUAGAUCUGGACAACUAGUCUGUCUUGGUAUAAUCCCUUCUAGACCUCCCUCCUUCUUUUCCCUCACCAUGUUGAGGUUAGCAUCGUUGGAAAGGUCUCCCUCAUCACUUGCCCUGCAGUACCUUUUUUUUAAAUUACCAGGGGCCCCGGUGACAUGGAGAGCCAGGGAAUGCUUUUAGACCGAGCGCUGCCAUACCCAAAUCCAUCCAAUGGUUGUGAUUUGAAUCCUAUAGGGUCGUGUAGUGGAUGUAGUCGUGGCACUGGACUUACGUUUGCCAUGUAAUGUCUUAGCUUUAGAGAGCAUAAGGUGACACACAUGAUAUUGCGGCAUCGUUCCAGCAGGUUCACCUUGUUCACCCUUUACCGUCACUGCCGUUUCUGUACUCUACUCAUACAUGACCUGUGUUUAACGGAAGCAAUACGACUGGCAACUUUCAUGUGCUGUUGUGGUGGUGAAACAGAUGAUGCAAUAGCCAACUCAUGAAACUAGAUACUGGGUACGGAGGUGUGCUACCUGUUUUAUGCACUGAUGUACCAUCUGUUUGCAUUGAUGUGGUCCAUGGUGGCACUCCUGUCCAUUGUAUUACCCCCGUUGAAAACCAGUGACACACAGAGAGACACACACACACACACACACACACACACACACACACACACACACACACACACACACACACACACACACACACACACACACACACAGACACACACACACACACACACUCUCUCUCUCUCUCUCCUUUGACAUUGGGGAAAAACACACAAAGCAUGCCUCUGGGAGAAAAGCAAUACUAUUCAGUUGAUCCUUGUCUGUCAGUGUCUUUGUAUAAUCAAGCCCACCGUUGAGGUAUUCGGAAGGAUCAUGUCCAUGAAGAAAAUGAUUCAUAAGGCUAGUUAUUGUAUCCAUAUCUUGUUGUUUGCAGAUUCAUUGUCCCUUCUGUAACUUUAAUCAGAUCUGACAAUGUACAAAAAUACCAUUAGUAUUUCUUGUGUGUUACGAAGUACAGAGUUGUCCUUCACUGUUCACUGCUUCAGUAUCUCUAGGAGAACAGUAUCUGUUCAAGCCCCUCAGUAUGAACAGUUCCACAAGCUCUGAGCUCAACUAGCCAAGUCUGAACUGAGAUCAACCAGCUCUGAGCUCGACUAGCCAUGUCUGAACUGAGAUCAACCAGCUCUGAGGUCGACUAGCCAUGUCUGAACUGAGAUCAACCAGCUCUGAGCUCGACUAGCCAUGUCUGAGCUGAGAUCCACAAGCUCUGAGCUCGAUUAGCCAUGUCUGAGCUGAGAUCCACCAGCUCUGAGCCUGAUUGUGCACGUCUGAGCUGCGGGGCGCAGCAGUGAGCAUGCCCAGUGUAGUGAUCCUCUAGAGGCAGUCGCAUAGCCGCAGUGAUGCAUUGUGGGCCACAUGUUAUGAUGGACUAAAAGCUGCAAUCAGCUCAAGCCUGCGUCGCCGCGGCAGAUCCACACGACUCACCCUGUGAACCAACGUCUCAGGCAACACAGACUAACAGCAUGGCUGGUAGUAUUACGAGUAUUACUUACAGCACAGUAUUAUUAGGCACCAUUUGAUACAAUCUUAUCACACUUGCACAACCAUGAAAUGAAACAAAUGUCAUGUCUCUGUUGGUUUUGAUACCUUGUGCACAUUAUGACAGUACACAGAAAUACAGCAAGCCUUCAAUGAUGAUUCACUGUUUUACGACUACAGCAAAAACCCGGAAAAUGAUACAGAGCUAUAUCUCACGUUCAGUGUUAUCAAAAUACUUAUCUAGCAUGGGAAAUCCAAUCAACGCUAAUACAUGCCAUGAAUUCUCUGCAGCUCAAAUAAGAAUACUCCAAUUUGCUAAUAAUGCAUUGUACAUUGCCACAAGGUAUAGGUGUUCACUAUAAAGAUCUACAAUGAAAGUCGGGACACAAAUAUAAAUAUAUCCAGUCCUAACAUUGUCUGCUUCUUAUAUAAUAGAUGUAUUAAUCAUCUGAUUUGAUACUAAUAUGGGUUUCCUGUGGCCCACUGCCAGAGCGACUCCUACUCACACUGCCAAGCCAAGAGUUUGUGAAGUCUGCUCUCUGCUUCCCACAUUCCAGUGCAGAGAACACCUCCUGCUCCAACCUGCAGUAUACUGUACAGUACAGGUCCUCUGGCCAAAACUCCUUUUCUAAGUUUUAGCCCACCAAGGCCAAGCAAACAAAUAAGCAAAAUAAAGUUGUAUCUAUUUUCAUCCUUAUCACAAUGGGUGUGCAUUUGUAGCCAACUGAAGCUACCCACAGCACAGUCUACUCUAUAGUCAAAUAGAUGGGAAUUUACUCUGAGCUCAUAAGGUAGCCAGGUUACUGCCUGUUAGGAUCACUACACACACACACACACAGGUUUACACAGUUUUCACCCAUGAUCCUCUACUCCACGGAGCUGUUCAGGGUUCUGAGGGGCUGUUUUCGCUCCCUCACUGGCCUCACCCACAGGGUGACUGUCUGUGGGUAGCAGUCCCUAGACGGCCAGGCUCGAAUGGACUCAAGUGGCAGUAUCAUCCUGAUGUCGAAGUACAGCGCAUUUGCUCUUUGUUAUUGGGGUUUAACGAGUGCUGUACUUCCACAAUGUCUUGCUAAAUUGUAACCACUGUCCAAGCCCAGGCUGAGCAUGAGGGCUAAUGUGGCUCGUGCAGAGGAAAACAGCUCGCCCUCUCACCCACCAAAACACACACCCGCUUACUGUGAGGCGGUCACUGACUGACCUGACUCAACCCCCUCAGUCUCAAGAGGUGAUGAUUCCUUUAAGAACUAUAAAGUGAAUGUGCAACACACCCCUCCUACUCCUGUUUCUGUAAUAGUGUCUAACGUUCUCCCCUCUCAUUAACUAUGCACCCCAAUUGUUUUUUUCCUCUGGAAUUGUAGAGAAGAUUUAAAAAAAGUAUAUAUACAGGAAAUAAAGGUUUGCAUAAAAGGAG